UUUCUUCCUGACCCUUCAUUUUACUUUCUUGAUACUGUCACUUCUCUUUCUCUACAAACUACAAAUACAACCAAAUUGACUGCAUUUUCAUCAGCAAUGGCUAGUGUCAAACCCAUAAACUCCAUUACAUCUCCUACUCAUAUAACAAGAAUCACCAAACAAACAAUCUUGACAACCCCCACAUGGUUUCAGUCCAAACCCAAAUAUCUCCAACUCAGAACCACCACAAAUAUUAGACUAUUUCUUGCUAAGUCUAGUGCAAAGCCAAAUGCAAAUCAAGAAAAUGCAGCAGAUAAAGACAUGUUAAAUAACCCAAGUUCAAGAAUUCAACCACACCCCUCUUCAAAUCAACCUCUAUCCUCUUCAACUUCCUCAUUUUCAAGGGGUUUAGUGUUUGAUUUAGGACAAAAAGAUUCAUGGGACAGCUCAGAAAUUGGUUCACCAGUUGUAAAAAGAUACCUUAGUGAUGAGGAAGAAAGGUGGUACAUGUGGUAUUAUGGGAGGUCUAAUGGUAAAGAGUCAAUUGGUUUAGCAGUUUCAAGCAAUGGGGUCCACUGGGAAAGAGGUGAAAUGGCUGCUAAAAUGAGUGAUGACGUGGGGUUAGUGAUGAAUUGUGGAGAAGAUUGGUGGGGUUUUGAUACACAAAGUAUUAGGCCAUGUGAAGUAGUGAUUAUGUCAAGUGCUAAAGUAAGAGCAAAUAGUUCUGUCUAUUGGCUUUACUAUACUGGUUUUAGUUCUGAAAAGAUUGAAUUUUUAGACAAUUCUUUGGAUUUCAGUUUAGAAAAUCCAGAAAGAUUGUACUCUAAUGGUGAAAAAGGCAAGAUUUUUAAGUCGUUGCCAGGUUUAGCAAUGAGUCAAGAUGGUAGACAUUGGGCAAGAAUUGAAGGAGAACAUCAUUCUGGUGCUUUAUUUGAUGUUGGUAUAGAAGGUGAAUGGGAUUCUUUGUUUAUAGCCUCACCAAAAGUAGUUUUUCAUAGUAGUGGUGAUUUAAGAAUGUAUUAUCAUUCAUAUGAUGUUGAAAAAGGGAACUUUGGUAUUGGGAUAGCAAGGUCAAGGGAUGGAAUGAAAUGGUUAAAAUUAGGAAAGAUCAUAGGUGGAGGAGGAAAAAUUGGAGCUUUUGAUGAGCUAGGAGUGAUGAAUCCACACGUUGUUCGAAAUCGAAAAGAUGGGAAAUAUUUGAUGGUUUAUGAAGGUGUGGAUUCAAGUGGAAGAAGAAGUAUUGGAAUGGCGAUAUCUUCGGAUGGAUUAAAGGGAUGGAAAAGAGUUCAAGAAAAUGCAGUGUUGAAGAAAUGUGAAGAAGAGAGAUGGGAUAGUGAAGGGGUGGGAUCACCUUAUCUUGUUCAAAUGGAUGGAGAUGAUCAAGGUCAUGAAUGGAGAUUGUAUUAUAGAGGUAUUGGGAAAAAUGGAAGAACUGGGAUUGGUAUGGCAGUGUCUCAAGGAAAUGAGUUUCAAAGUUUUCAAAGGUGGACAGGGUUUCAUUUAUGAGGAAUGUAGCAUUAUCAUAUAACUGCCAAGAGUUAAGUAGAGGCAAACAAGGCAUCCCGGUGCACUUAGCUCCCGCUAUGUACGGGAUCCGGGGAAGGGCCAGAGCACAAGAGUUAAGUACAGGAUUUCUGCUAAAACGAAAUGUUGGAAUUCAUUGCACCUAUGCUACAGUAGAGUUUAGCAAGUAUUUUCUAUCUGAAAUGCCAGGGAACAUCAUACUUAAUUUCAGGCUUACAUUAGCUGUGUUAAACUGUUAAUCAGAGG